AUGCGGCUCUUCAACGCAAUGCGUUCUGUGACGUUGCUCUCGACUGUGCCCAAAAAGGUGAGAAUCCAUCUUCUUGGAGACCUUCAUGUUCAUUCCUUUUUCAGGUUGUGGCCCCCACGAUGCUCCGAAGCGUGCGUGAAACGGCUAAUCACUCGAAAGGAGUGUACGCGACAAACGAAGUCGUUAUCGGAGCACCAAAAAAAAAGAAAAGUGAGUAAGAAUUAUGCUCUGUUCAAGAUCAACGCGUGUAUAUCAGAGAGCUCAAGAAGUCUUUGGCCUUAUUUUGUUUGUUCUCAGUUUCACAAUAAGUUGACUGAUCUUUAGCUCCUGAUGCCACUUUCCUCCGACAACUUGCUAAGAAGUGUUUGCAGUUUGCAUCUAAAAAAGUUCUGUCUCAAUCAACGAAUAGUUCAAGGAGCAGCCGAAUUCUGCUCGCUUUCUGAGGCUUCUCCUUGUUUUUUUGUGCUUGCUUCUGUUUGCUCUUUUCGCCGCUUUCCGCACAGCAACCAAACCUGGUUCGAAAUCGGCCAUACAAACAGUGUCCUCCACGACCUUCACACGGCCGGCCCUCCGUCCUUUUCCAUUUUCCGAUCGUUUCUUUUUCGAGUAUACUGUAGGCCCUUAAUCGGGGGACAAUACUCAAUGAACACGGCUUGUCGGACGAUUUCUGCCAAACCGAUCAAACUAUGGCUAUGAGAAAAGUGGCGUGAUUCUUUGAACGAAAUUGGUUCGGGCACAGGAAACCCAAUACUGAGCCACGAGUGCGCACUUCUGAUCGGUUGAAAUACGAGAGUGUGAAGUCUGAUCGGCGAGAUGUGAAUUAUUGAAUACAGGACGGAGCUCGAAGUCUGAGUGUCGCAGUUGAUCAUGAAACGUCAGGUAUAUGCAAAGAGUGAAACGAGGCGAAUUCGCAGCCACGUCAUUCCGGAAUUGCUCUACUGAAGUCCCCCUUGACCUGCCUUCUUUUCUUCCUUUCUUCUGUUUUCUCUUCACGUGAUAUUCCACGUCUUCCACACGUCAAACGGCAAGAUGGGCCCAUCCACGGAAUGCGGCAACAUGUGAUUUCCAUCUUAUCCGCAAGCCCCCUCCCUAUACUUUAGUUUAAUUUUUUUGUUUUUCCGCUCGGUCUUCGUAUCCGUUUUGAAUCGGGCGUAAAUGAUAAGUCAACGGCUGAUAAGCUGACCGCAAAAGGACGUGAUUGUCUUUUCAAAACGAAAAAAAAACGUCAAAGUCGGUUGCUAGGGAACCUGAAAAAGAUGGAAAAGUGGAUGUAACAGGAUACCCGCCGGCCCAUGUUUACCCAUCAUCCCCAGUUUUACUCUAAAAAAUACAUCUCUCGACACAGUAAUGGCAUUCGACCGAAACUCGCUGAGUUCCCCUCAUCUGACCGUCAUCUGUCUGCAUCUCUUCGCCUCUCGCUCACGGACCGCCUCAUCUGAAUCACAUGACUCAUCGCCUCCGCGCGUGUUUACCGGCAGCUCCCUCCACGUUCCCCCGUGUCUCUCGUACCGGCCUCCGCGUGUGUUCGUCGCCCUGUUUAAUUGGCCUUUCAUAUGCUUCCGGCACUCGGUCUCACUCAUGAAAUGCCACCGCUUUUUGAGCUGAGCGCUGAAUUGAAAAACUGACAUUGAAAAGAAAAGAGAAAUACAAGACUGUCUAGUCGCGAGAAUCUAUCUCUUGUUCUUCGCAGAAUGUUCUCAUUUCACAUUUCAUUACGAAGAAAGGAGUCCAAUAGAACGUCACACUUCUGCUUUGCUUCUUCUCAGUAUCAGAUUUCAUAACAAUCUGACCAGUUCUCUUUUAACUUUUCUGGUCGGCUGUUCCCAUUAAAAUUACCCGUCGGGUUUUUAUCUUCUUUGAUCAGUGCUCCUUUGUUAUGUUUUUUGGGUUAUCAUCGCUCAAAGUUUCUGGAGACAGUCCUCCAUCUCCUCUCCGUUCUGGCCUUUCAUCACAUGUUCUCGCCAUUUCUCGCGCGUCUCGGUCUCCCGUGCCGACUGUUUUCGACCUCCUUUUGUUGUUCUUCCAUUGCCAAUGGCAGCAUCAUCAUCAUAGUAUCUCCUUCUCCCAGACACUUGUAUUUUUCAACCUGUUAUUUUCCGGGUUCAUCUUUCCAUUCCUUCCCGUCUCCAUCUCUUUUCCCUUCUUUCUCUCCAUACCAAUAUUUUAGCUCCGCCCCCUUUCUCACACACUUACCGCUUCGAAAUCAUUCACACUGCGAUGUGAAUAGACGAACGGAAUAGGUAAAUUCUGUGUGCAUCUGCAAUUAUGCUGGACUUCUCUGCUGGUGGUAUUCUGAUGCCCGACUCGGUCAUGGCCAUCAAUCCCUUUCUGCUUUUUGUCGCUUUUUGUGAGUGAGAGAAGCUGAAAUUGAAUCAAUAGAUGACUAAAACAUUGUGUAACGAAAAAGAAAACGUAGAGAAAUUUUUGGAUUGCAGGGAGUUGGAUAAAAUGGCUGUCCGUGUCUACGCUCAUCAUCGGAGGAGCCUCGUACGUUGCGUAUCUGUUCACUCCGGACUGGCGGGAAAUUGUGGACAGCAAGCACUACUACAGUAACUGGAAGGUAUAAACUGCAAAGAAAGUCACUGGAAUCUGAAUUGGUUUGCAGAUCCGUGUUUACCUGUCUCUUCCGUUCAACACAGCGAGCCGAGUGAUCGGCGGUCUUGCGAACCAGGAGAUUCCUGUUUGGAUGCGAGAGCGGCUUCUUGGAGGAUUCGCUCGAAUUUACGAUUGUAGAAUGGAGGAUACCGUCGAGCCGGACUUCAAGAAAUACCCUUCGUUUGCCGCCUUCUUCAAUCGGAAACUGAAGGAGUCGAGCCGUCCGAUCAGUGCGUCUCCGCUCGUCUCUCCUGCCGACGGAACCGUUCUCCAUUUCGGAAAAGUCGAAGAAAAUCGCAUUGAAUACGUGAAAGGACAUGAUUACGAUGUCGCGAACUUCCUGGGAAACGUGGAUCUUCCGCAGAAAGAAGAGUUGGAUCUGUACCAGGUGGUGAUCUACUUGGCUCCCGGAGACUAUCACGCCUUCCACUCGCCCGCCCGAUGGGUAGCCACUCAAUGCAGACAUGUUCCGGGCCUCUUGCUCUCGGUCCGCCCCACUCUGCUCAGCCACGUGCCACAUCUGUUCUGUUUGAAUGAAAGGUGAUUAAGCGUACUCAGAAGUUGAAACAUAUUCGUUUUCAGAGUGGUACUGAAUGGUUCCUGGCGUCACGGAUUCUUCUCCUUGUCUGCCGUUGCUGCUACAAACGUCGGUGACAUUGUCGUUGACGCCGAACCGAGUCUCCGCACGAAUAUCGUUCGGCGAAAGACUCAGAAGAUCAUGAACACCGAGACAGAGAUCCACGCCCCAUACCUCUCUGGUCAGCGGGUCGGAGAGUUCCGUCUCGGAUCAACCAUCGUGCUUGUCUUCCAAGCCCCGCCCACAAUCAAGUUCGCUAUCAAAGCGGGCGAUCCGCUCCGUUACGGACAGAGCCUCGUGGCCGAUGGCGUCUGA